AUGCCCUCGCUGGUUGCAGUCGAGCAGCACAUGAACCCGCGCGUGCUGCAGGCACAUGCGCUUGCCUUCCACCCAACGGCACCACAAGGGCUGCUGGGCCCAGGCCUGCCGAUGCCUAGUGGCAGUCGCCACUCGCAACACCAGCACCACCAUCCUUAUACCCACUACGUUCACACCCACAGGACUCACCACAGGUCGCGGCCUCGCAAAUCAAAACCGCAGACGCGGAAGAUGACGAAACUUCAGCAGCGGCUGGAGCAAUCCACGCUCAACGCCAAUGCAGAGCCGUUUGUGCCAUCGUGUCUCCAGCCCCAGCCGGCACCAUCACCAUCACCGCCACACAAAGAGAACCACAACGACGAUGCCGGGGAGGCGGUUGUCGAUGGUGUGCGCUCGCUCACCGUGGAUGGUACUGGCUCAACCACAGCAGCAGCAGCAGCAGUAGUAGCGACCACAACAGCGACUACGACAGCAGCAACAACAUCAGGAGCAACGACGACGACAACAGCAACAACAACAACAACAACAAGGGUUGGUGUGACGGAAGCUCGGACCACUCGUCGGAAGGACAGCCGUUCCAGCCGCCCUACCGCGACGCCAACCACCUCGACAGCAUCGCAGUCGACAGCACCACCAACCUCGACCGUGACGCCCUCGUCAUCGGUAUCAUCAGCAUCCUCACAGGGUGUGCCAUCAGCACCACAGUCAUAUGCACUCCGCAGCAGCAAAGACACGGACGAGGUGACGGACGGGCACGAUCUCUUGCAGAACUACCUCUACCACAAGUACCUCAAGUUUCUUGACAGAGCGCUGGCGCAGCGACAGGCGCUUGGGUACGGUCGGUCGCCACUCGUCAGCAGCCUGUACCAGUUCUGGGUGGCGCGCUUGCAGCACAAGUUCAACCGCAACAUGUAUCAGAUGUUCAAGGACCUUGCGCUGGAAGACAACACCGCUGGCGAGCGCGAAGGAAUUGAGUGUUUGUACAGGUUUCUCCGUGGCAGCCUGUCCACGACCUAUCGUGAACGCGUCUUUCGCGACUUCAUCUACCUUGUUGGCAACGAGCCACACGAGGACAGCUACGGGCUUGAGCAGCUGUGGUUGUUUCUGCGGGAGCGAUCAGAUGAGAUCAAGCGCCGGUCGCAGCACACCGUUGAGCGUCGAAUCAUGAGCAGACCAGAUCUAGCCGCAUCCCUCAAGGAGCUCGACAGGUUCCACGCCCUCUCCCUCGAGUAG